UCCAUCUGUUUUGUAUGUCUGUGUGCUGCUAGUGGUGCAGAGUGAGUGAGGAGGAUCAUUACCAGAACCACCACCACUCACCAGAUCCAUGGAUAUAGCAUGACCCUCUGUGCUGGGCCUCAUGCUAAUUAGACAGAAACAGAAACUGUGUUUUCCCUAAAGGGUGGAUGGUGAUUUAAUGUGGGUUAGAAUAGUUGUGACUGUGUAUGUUGCAGGAUGGAAGGAAGAAACAAGAGGUUUGGCUAGUGCCUGGAGAGGGACGGAGGCAAGAGGGUGAUCUCCACAUCAGAACAGGAGCAGGACCAUGGGAGAUAUGAAGACACCAGACUUUGAUGACCUACUGGCGGCCUUUGACAUCCCUGACAUGGUGGACCCAAAAGCUGCGAUUGAAUCUGGACAUCAUGACAUCCACGAUGGACAGCCCAAGCAAUCCAGUGGGGUCACGACAAAUGAAGAUAAGGGCCACAGCCCAUCAACAGGGCAUGACAUUGGAAUUAGUGUAAUAGUCAAGAAUACCAGAAACAAAGACAUCCCUGAGCAUGGUGCAACCAAAUCUGCGAGGGAUGGAUAUAUCCGAUCCCAUCCUCAACCCCUUUCUGUUGGACUUCAUAAUGGCCUCUUGAAAGGUACACCACGAAGUACUUCUUACAACAAGAAACGAUGGAAGGCUUCCAGGGAGGAAGGACAGCCAGAUAACCAAGCAUCUGCAUGCAAUCAGUUCAGCCCCAUUUCCAGUGCUGAAGAGUUUGAGGAGGAGGAUGAUAAAAUUGAGAUGGAUGACCCUAUGGAUGGUCAGGUUGGUCACUCAGACUUAAUGUGCAUUACUAAAAGAGAUCAUCAGAAUCACAAAUCUUCUGUAUCAGUGGACAGUAUGUCUAAGACCAUGGAAAAAAUAGACACAAAUCCUGAUCAAAACAACAAUAGUAAUGGAGGCACACUUGGGGGAUCAAAGUCUAAAAAAUCCUCUGAUACAGGUUUAUCCAAGGUGGAACAUAAGGACACUGUCUUAAGGCCUCACAGUGACGAGUGCGACGAGGCAAAACCUUCAUCUUGUAUUACAGCAAUUACAGCCCUCAGUGCUAAAAAGGCCAAAACUACAGCUGUGGAUGUUUUGGAUUCUCCUAUAACACGGAAAGAAUCCAACAAGGCCAAUGAACAUCACAAAGCUCCACAGAAACCACAGGAAUGUGAGUCAGCCCUAGAAUUUGCAACAAGACUGCUAACAAGACAACAACACAGCACCUUCAGUGUCACUAAUGACAGGAGCAGCAAAGAGUCCCCUUCCUCAAGCACUGACACAGCUCCAGUCAUCCCAAAGGUUCGGAUCAAAACAAUCAAGACCUCAUCUGGACAGAUCAAGCACAUUGUCACCAGAGUGCUACCAGAGUUUGACCCUGAAGAUCUGAAAAAAGGAGAUAAUAGCCCAUCUCUUAUCACAACAACCAAGGCCGUUUUCUCAUCCCCCACAAGAUCCUCUUUGCCUACCACAAUGGUAACCACAACUGGAGGGCCUUCAAUUGAAAUAACCAAGCAAAUGACUAUUAAACCUAUAGCAACAGCUUUCCUGCCAGUCUCUGCAGUCAAGACAGCAGGUUCACAAGUCAUCAACCUUAAGCUGGCUAACAACACCACAGUCAAAGCAACAGUCAUCCCUGCUGCAUCAGUGCAAGGUGCCAGCAGGGUCAUCUUGAAAGCUACUAAUGUCAUCCAGCAACAGACUGCCAUUUUACCUGCCUCCAGCCUGACCAGUGCCAAUCUUGUGCCAAAAACAGUCCAUCGUGAAGUCAACCUUCUGCCUCAGUCUGAAUCUCCUGCUAUGUGCGAUCUCCAACCGGCCCCGUCUUCCUCCAAGCACAGCAAUCAACAACCACAGUGCGUUAAACGCCAGACAGGUCUCACUGGUCAGGGCUCAAAGAAUGUCUCUAGGGUUCAAGUGUUCACUAGCUCUCAAAGUUCUGUAGUGGAAGCCUUUAAUCAAGUCCUAAGUAGCUUAAACCCUGUUCCUGUGUACAUCCCCAACCUCUCUCCACCAACUUCAGCCUGCAUCUUUCUACCCUUGCAUGGUUACAAGUGCCUGGAGUGUGGGGAUUCAUUCGCUCUUGAGAGGAGCCUAACACAGCACUAUGAACGUCGUAGUGUGCAGAUUGAAGUCACCUGCAACCACUGUGCCAAAAACCUAGUGUUUUAUAACAAAUGCAGACUCUUGUCUCAUGCCAGGGGCCACAAGGACAAAGGGGUUGUCAUGCAGUGCUCGCAUCUAAUUCUAAAACCCAUCUCUGCAGCACAGAUGAUGAGCACAUGGUCAACAGGCCCAGCCAGUGACACUAGUACCACCUCAACUCCCCAAACGCAAGCAACCACAAGUCCAGUCAUAGAGAAAGGUACCGUUAGUGUGUCCCCAACUGCAGUGAUUUCAGCUUCAUGUAAAGCUCCUCUUGUGGCAGCAAUGCCCUUGGACAAUGGCGCAUCAAAGCUCUGCAAACACAGUCUUAAGUGCUCGGAGUGUAAUGAAAUGUUUCAUGAUGACGGCUCAUUGGCCAUGCACUAUCAACAGGUGUCCAAGAGUGGCCAGAAAACAUGCACCAUAUGCCAAAUGCUUUUACCAAAUCAGUGCAGUUUUCUGUCACACCAGCGAAUCCAUCAGCACAAAUCUCCAUACAUCUGUCCUGAGUGUGGUGGCAGCUGCAGAUCUGCUCACUUCCAGUCACAUGUCACCAGGAACUGCCUACAUUGCACUCGAAGAGUCGGCUACCGCUGUUUCCAUUGUAGUGUGAUCUUUGCCGAUGAUGCAACCCUCAAGUCCCACAUCCAGAAUACUCACUGUGAGAUCUUCUACAAAUGUCCUCUGUGCCCUAUGGCCUUCAAGUCUGCACCUGGCACACAUUCCCACACAUAUACAAAGCAUCCAGGAGUGAAAGCAGGAGAGCCCAAGCUGAUAUAUAAGUGUUCCAUGUGUGAUACCGUGUUCACGCUGCAGUCCCUGCUCUACACACACUUCGACCAGCAUGUCAUCAAUCAUAAAGUUUCAGUCUUCAAGUGCCCUGAUUGCUCCAUGCACUACACACAGAAGCAACCGAUGUUGGACCAUAUCAAGACUAUUCAUGGAACCCUGAAGACCACUGAGGAUCCACCAAACUUGGGCAUUAAUCAUCCUCUCAGUGUCAAGCCAACUAAUUCCAACAGUACCAACUGCCCGAGUAAUAAUAACAAGGAUGACGUAGAAAAUGUCAACAGUAAGAAGAAAGGAGAAAAAAAGUAUUUACCUUCACCACAGAAAAACAACAACAGUAGGGCCUCAGCAGAGCUGAAGAACUCUGUCCGCUCAGGAUACACAUGUGGAGACUGCAGUACUCUCUUCACUGCCCGUGAGGUCUUUGUGGCCCAUGUGAGACGUGAACAUGGCAAGAUCUUGAAGAAGCAUCCAUGUCGACAGUGUGACAAGUCCUUCAGCUCCUCCCACAGUCUUUGCCGACAUAACCGUCUUAAGCAUGAAGGGUUGCAGAAGGUCAACGAUAGCCUGCACUGUGCAACUCUCAGUCAGCGAUUCACUAAAAGAGUUCUGCUGGAGCAGCACGUUCAGCCGAUGCAUGGCGUCAAAGAACCAGACGGGAAGAUCGUCACCUCUGAUAAUGUGGUAAAGUUUUACCUCACAAGAAAACGGUACUCUUCCCCCAGCCCCAAAAGGAAGCCAGAGGAGGAUGAAGGGUCUCCCAGUAUAAACCCCAGGGCUUCAGACUCACAGCCACUGAAAAGACUCAAGGUAAAUAUCCUCAAAGUUCACAAGUGUGCACUCUGCGGUUUCACCACUGAGGAUAUUAGCACUUUCCAAAAACACAUUCCCCUGCACAAGUCCGAUGGUUCAUCCGACCAGUGUCAGGAGUGUGGCCUGUGCUACACAUCCCAUUGCUCACUGGCCCGGCACCUCUUCAUCGUCCAUCGGCUGAAGGAGCCUCAGGGCCUUGCCAGAUACAAUGGACGGGGCAAGGAGGAGGAGGAGGAGUAUGGUGAUGAGAGUCAGAGAGAGAACCAGCUGGGCGUCAUGGAUGAGAAAUGCAAAUGCAAAGUGUGUGGAAAGACGUUUGAAACAGAGGCAAACUUGAAUACUCACAUGAGGACACAUGGGAUGGCAUUCAUCAAAUCCAAGAGACUGAUCGCAGCUGAGAAGUGAAAACUCACAGCACUGGUGUUAUAAAUGUAUAUACUGUACAUUAUACACAUUUGUGUAGGUAAAAAUAAUAUAGGGAAAAACCAGUAAUACUUUUGGACAAACUGCCUUGUAUAGACAUUAAAAAAGAAAGAAAGAAAGAAAUAUGGAAUGUAUUCAUGCAAUAUGGGAUUAAUCUUCAUACAGUAUUUUGUGUUUUAACAAAUACAUGGGCCAAAUAUGACUUUGUUUUGAAACGGAUCUUUCAUGCCUGUAACAGACUGGCACCUCAUUUAGAUUUAAAAAAAAAUAAAAAAUUAUUUAUCUGGAUAUUUGAUUUGAUAUAUAUAUAAAAAAAACAGUUUAUUUACCAUAUAACACAUUUGUCACGGUGGAAUAAUGAAAAUGAACUUCCAAUAAUCCUGAUUUUCAUACCUAUCAAUAGCAAGAGGUUUUGUCUUUUUGUUACUUUUUUCUAAAUUUAUUUAAAAAAAAAAAAAAUCAUAAUGAAUAGUCUUGACAGUAAUCAUUUUUACAAAAAUAUAAACACAUCCUGUAAUCUCUGUGGUCUUUUUUAACCAGUUCAUGUAAACAAAAUGUACUUGUACUUUAUUGCCAAACACCACUACACAUGUGCAGGACUUCAUCUUAGAUAGCUCAGUAUUUAUUUCUCCUCAAGGUAACAAUUGGCACUGUUAAUUCAUUUACAAAUUGAGAGAUUCUCUCUUUAGUUUUCACUGACUCAAUUUGAAUAUAAAAACUGUGGGUUAAAAGGUCUCUGGUCAAAUAAAGAGCUCAACAACCUAAUGCUAGUAUUUGCUUGGAAUUAUGUUUUAUUUUAUAAUUAGACUAAUAAUUAGGGAAA